AUGCCUGCCUGCAAAGUUGCGGUAACGUCUGCCAACACUGAAAAGCUCGCGGCCAUCGAGUCUGCCUUUCACAGUCACUUCGCGCAGCAAGGUCAAGCACGAUCCAUCACCAUGUUACCCUGCCCGGCAGACAGCGGAAUUCCACAUGGCCAGCCUUGGGGCAUGCAGCACACGUAUGAAGGAGCUCAGUCCCGGCUCACACACUUGAAGUCUUCGGGCGCAGGUGCAGCAGCAGACUACUACGUCAGCGCAGAGAAUGGGGUCUGUGCACUUCUGCGACAUGACGCAACCCUUGCGCUAGAUGUGGCUUGUGUGAUUGUGGAACGGGCGUGCGACGGGAAGGAAGGCAUGAACUUUAGCCAAGGCCGACCAUAUCCACUGCAAGAGAUUCAACAGAUGAAACGUGCUGGCUCAUCAAAUGCA